AUGUCUCUUCGCCAAGGAGGUGAUGCUGAAUAUUUUGCGGAUGAAUAUGAAAUGGAUGAUGUAGAAGAGGACAUCGAAAUUGAUGGUGAAUCUAUUAAUAGAGAGGGAGACGACGUCGACUCUGACGUUGAUGAAUAUGAUUACUCGGGUAGUAAAGCUGUAGACACUACAGCUGCUCAAGCUAGACAAGGACAAGACAUCCAGGGGAUUCCGUGGGAUAGCCUUAGCAUAACCAGAGAAAGGUAUCGGCAAACGAGGCUUGAUCAAUACAAGAAUUAUGAAAAUGUCCCUCAAUCAGGGGACAGGUCAGGGAAGGAUUGUAACAGUACAGACAAAGGAUACUCAUUUUAUGAGUUCAGGAGAAAUUCAAGAUCAGUAAAAUCAACAAUUCUUCAUUUUCAGUUGAGGAAUUUGGUUUGGGCUACAUCAAAGCAUGAUGUAUACCUUAUGUCACAGUUCUCAAUAACACAUUGGUCUUCUUUGACUUGCACAAGGUCUGAAGUACUCAACGUUUCAGGACAUGUUGCACCAUCAGAGAAACAUCCUGGAAGUCUAUUGGAAGGAUUCACACACACUCAAGUUAGUACACUUGCUGUAAAAGAUAAUCUUCUAGUUGCUGGAGGAUUUCAGGGUGAACUUAUUUGCAAGCACCUAGACCGGCCUGGUGUCAGCUUUUGCUCAAGGACUACUUAUGAUGAUAACGCUAUCACCAAUGCCAUUGAGAUUUAUGCUUCUCCUAGUGGGGCAGUUCAUUUCACAGCAUCAAAUAAUGAUUGUGGAAUCAGAAACUUUGAUAUGGAGAAGUUUCAACUCUCUAAGCAUUUUCGUUUUCCCUGGCCAGUGAAUCAUACUUCUCUCAGUCCAGAUCGUAAGCUACUUCUGAUUGUGGGAGACAAUCCUGAAAGUAUGUUGGUGGACUCUCAAAAUGGAAAGACUAUUGCUCCAUUAUCCGGGCACUUAGAUUUUUCAUUUGCAUCAUCAUGGAAUCCCGAUGGUGUGACCUUUGCUACGGGAAACCAGGACAAAACCUGUAGGAUUUGGGACAUGCGAAAUUUAUCCAAGUCAGUGGCAGUGUUGAAGGGAAAUCUUGGAGCUAUCCGUUCAAUCCGACAUUCUUCUGACGGAAAGUAUAUGGCUAUAGCCGAGCCUGCAGAUUUUGUCCAUGUAUAUGACGUGAAAAGCGGGUAUGAGAAAGAACAGGAAAUCGAUUUCUUCGGUGAGAUAUCCGGCAUAUCUUUCAGUCCAGACACCGAAUCCCUUUUCAUCGGGGUUUGGGAUCGUACUUAUGGCAGCCUUCUCGAAUAUGGCCGGCAUCGUAAUUACUCAUACACUGACUUAAUGAUCUAG